GCGACCGCCAUUUUGAGUUUUAGCUCUUGCUGCACAUCAGGAACCAAACGGGAGCGAGAGAGCUGCUCUGGCCGUGAGCGGGCAAAAAAAAAAAUUUAGAUAUAAACGCACACACAUGUACUUUUCUUGAGAAAACGUUUGAAGUGCAGCGUGUCGUGAAACUGAAGCGUUCGGUUUGUGUUCGCCUUCUGCGCGCUCCCGUCCGAGAGAAGCGCGAGCGUCUUUUGUCGGUUUAAACUUCUAAAUGAGUGCGGAUUUAAAUUAACAAUCCGGUUUGAAUGGAUUGCAUUUUUCGCCGCUCCCCCCGAGAAGAGGGACAAUCGGAGGAGCACACGGACUGGAAAUACUGUGAGGGAAGUUAAACAUUUUCACAGAAAUCGCAUGACUGUCUCGUUAUUAUUAUUUUCGUGCAUUAACAUUUAUGCUAGUUUUACGCGAACUAGCAUCGGCUAGCUAUAAACAAGCUAUUUGUUUUCCCGUAUUUUUCCUUCAUAAUUUGGGCCUCCGUUGUUGUUUUUAUUAUUUUGGAGCCCGGUUAAGAGUUUAAGCUCAUCCUUCGGUGUCGCCGCUCACUCAAACGCCCAACAAAAGGCGCCGAGAUUGGGCGAAUAGCGAGCAAAUACGUCCGCGUUUCUCUGCCUGCGCCCCCGCCGGCCUCCCUCCCUCAUUCCCCGGCGCCGACCUCAGGAAAGGCCGAGGUCGCGUCAGCGCAGGCCCGGCCUGACCCGUGCAGCCCCGAUCCGCACCCUCAUCCUCCGGCUCUCCGGAGUCCUUUCGAAACGGAACCGAACCCGGACAAGGGCGUGGGAAAGCAAGACGACGACCGGGGCAGCAACAACCGUGAGAUCGCAAACAUGAACCACCACCAUCACCACCACCAUCAGACACAGCAGCAGCAACAGAAAGCCGGCGAGCAGCAGCUCAGCGAGCCCGAGGACAUGGAGAUGGAAGCUGGGGACACGGAUGAUCCCCCAAGAAUCCCUCAAAAUCCGGUCAUCAACGGGAAUGUGGCAAUGGCAGACGGACACAACAACACAGAAGAAGACAUGGAGGACGAUACGAGCUGGCGUUCCGAGGCCACUUUCCGCUUCGUGGUGGAGCGCUUCAGCCGGCUCAGCGAGUCGGUGCUCAGCCCGUCGUGUUUCGUAAGGAACCUGCCAUGGAAGAUCAUGGUCAUGCCUCGCUUCUAUCCAGACCGGCCUCACCAGAAGAGCGUCGGCUUCUUCCUGCAGUGCAACGCCGAAUCGGACUCCACGUCAUGGUCAUGUCAUGCUCAAGCCAUGCUGAAAAUCAUCAACUACAAGGACGAUGAGAAGUCUUUCAGCCGGCGCAUCAGCCACCUGUUCUUCCACAAAGAGAACGACUGGGGUUUCUCCAACUUCAUGUCCUGGAGUGAUGUAACUGACCCCGAGAGAGGCUUUGUGGAAGACGAUAAGGUCACGUUCGAGGUUUCUGUCCAAGCCGAUGCUCCUCAUGGCGUAGCAUGGGAUUCAAAGAAGCAUACUGGAUAUGUCGGAUUAAAGAACCAAGGAGCAACAUGUUACAUGAACAGUCUGCUGCAAACACUCUUCUUCACCAACCAGCUCCGGCGGGCGGUCUACAUGAUGCCCACCGAGGGUGACGACUCCUCCAAAAGUGUUCCCCUGGCACUGCAGAGGGUCUUCUAUGAACUCCAGCACAGCGAUAAGCCCGUCGGCACAAAGAAACUGACCAAGUCCUUUGGGUGGGAGACGUUGGACAGUUUCAUGCAGCACGAUGUCCAGGAGCUGUGCAGAGUGCUUCUGGACAACGUUGAGAACAAGAUGAAGGGGACGUGUGUGGAAGGCACCAUCCCGAAACUCUUCAGAGGAAAGAUGGUGUCCUACAUCCAGUGUAAGCAUGUGGAUUAUAGAUCUGAGCGAAUAGAGGAUUACUAUGAUAUCCAGCUCAGCAUAAAGGGAAAGAAAAACAUCUUUGAGUCAUUUAAAGAUUACGUGGCGGUGGAGCAGCUCGACGGGGAUAACAAGUACGAUGCGGGGGAGCACGGCCUACAGGAAGCUGAGAAGGGGGUCAAGUUCCUCACUUUUCCUCCCAUCCUGCAUUUACAGCUCAUGAGGUUCAUGUAUGACCCCCAGACCGACCAAAAUAUUAAAAUCAACGACAGGUUCGAGUUUCCCGAUCAGUUACCACUGGACGAGUUCCUGCAGAAGCCGGAUGUGAAGGACCCGGCCAAUUACAUCCUGCACGCUGUGUUGGUGCACAGCGGAGACAACCACGGCGGCCACUACGUCGUCUAUCUCAACCCCAAAGGAGACGGCAAAUGGUGCAAGUUCGACGACGAUGUUGUUUCCCGAUGCACUAAAGAAGAGGCCAUCGAACACAACUACGGUGGCCAUGACGACGAUCUCUCCGUGCGCCACUGCACCAACGCCUACAUGCUGGUCUACAUCCGAGAGUCCAAGCUCAGUGAGGUGCUGCAGCCGGUCACAGACAUGGACAUCCCUCAGCAGCUGGUGGAGAGACUGCAGGAGGAGAAGCGGGUGGAGGCACAGAAAAGAAAGGAGCGCCAGGAAGCUCAUCUCUACAUGCAAGUGCAGAUGGUGACAGAGGACCAGUUCUGUGGUCACCAGGGCAACGAUAUGUACGACGAGGAGAAAGUGAAGUACACAGUGUUCAAGGUGCUGAAGAGCUCCACCCUGGCCGAGUUUGUGCAGAACCUCUCUCAGACCAUGGGUUUCCCACAGGACCAGAUGCGGCUGUGGCCCAUGCAGGCCAGGAGCAACGGCACCAAGCGGCCAGCCAUGCUGGACUACGAAGCAGACUGCAACAAGUCCAUGAUUGACUUGAGCGACAACGAGAAUCCCUGGACAAUAUUUCUGGAAACGGUAGAUCCGGAAAUGGCCGCCAGCGGAGCAACGUUACCCAAGUUUGACAAAGACCAUGAUGUCAUGUUGUUCUUGAAGAUGUACGACCCAAAAACCAGAAGCUUAAAUUAUUGUGGACAUAUCUACACACCUAUAUCCUGUAAAAUACGAGACUUGCUGCCCGUCAUGUGUGAAAGAGCAGGGUUUCAGCAGGGAACUUCUCUUAUCCUCUAUGAGGAAGUUAAACCGAAUUUAACAGAGCGGAUACAGGACUACGACGUCUCCCUGGAUAAAGCUCUGGACGAGCUCAUGGACGGAGACAUCAUCGUGUUCCAGAAGGAUGACCCAGAAAACGACAACAGUGAGCUGCCAACGGCGAAAGACUACUUCAGAGACCUGUACCACCGCGUGGACGUCAUCUUUUGUGAUAAAACCAUCCACAACGACCCGGGCUUCGUUGUGACACUAUCUAAUAGAAUGAACUACUUCCAGGUGGCGAAGACUGUUGCGCAGAGGUUAAACACUGACCCCAUGCUCCUACAGUUCUUCAAGUCGCAAGGGUACAGGGACGGCCCGGGCAACCCACUCAGGCACAACUACGAAGGAACUCUCCGAGACCUGCUGCAGUUCUUCAAACCACGGCAGCCCAAGAAGCUCUACUACCAACAGCUCAAGAUGAAGAUCACGGACUUUGAAAACCGGAGGAGUUUCAAGUCCAUAUGGCUCAACAGUCAGUUUCGGGAGGAGGAGAUCACACUAUACCCAGAUAAGCAUGGCUGUGUUCGAGACCUUCUCGAGGAAUGUAAAAAGGCCGUGGAGCUCUCGGACAAAGGCUCGGAGAAGCUCAGGCUGUUGGAAAUCGUAAGCUACAAAAUUAUCGGGGUUCACCAGGAGGACGAACUGCUCGAAUGUUUAUCUCCUGCAGCCAGUCGGACGUUCAGAAUAGAGGAAAUCCCUCUGGACCAGGUCGACCUGGAUAAGGAGAACGAGAUGCUGAUUCCAGUUGCACAUUUCCACAAGGAGGUCUUCGGGACUUUUGGAAUUCCGUUUUUGCUAAAGAUUCGUCAGGCCGAGCCUUUCAGAGAGGUGAUGAAGAGGAUCCAGAGCAUGCUGGAUAUCCAGGAGAAAGAGUUUGAAAAGUUUAAGUUUGCGAUUGUGAUGAUGGGCCGGCACCAGUACCUCAACGAGGACGACUAUGAAGUGAACCUGAAGGACUUCGAGCCGCAGCCCGGAAACAUGUCCCACCCGAGACCUUGGUUAGGGCUCGACCACUUCAACAAAGCGCCGAAGCGAGGGCGCUACACGUACCUGGAGAAGGCUAUCAAGAUCCACAACUGACGCGCUCGCGCUCUCCGCCCUAACCGACCCUGAUUAAAGACUCUAACCAGAAGUUGCGUGUGUGUGUGUGUGUGUGUGUGUGUGUGUGUGCGUGCGCCACUUUUUACCACCUGCCCUGCGGUUACACAGGCCCCGCCUAUGAAGUCUUCAGCAAACCAGAGUUCCUGCGCAUUUUUCUUUUGUUGUGGGUUCCCCUCCCCUCCCCCCUCCUUUAGAAGCUCUUCAGUUUGACUUCUGUCGCCUGCCUGCCUGUUUUUGUCUGGGAGAUUGAAUAGAAUUUUAACAAACGGGGAACAGUAUGAACUUUCAAGACAGGUGUAUAAUUUUUUUUUUUUUUUUCUUCCCCUUCCCCCCCUCCUUCGCAUUUUUGGUUUUCUUUUUAAUUUUUGGGUUUUAAAGAAUUGUUACGGCAAAGAAGCUGCUGCGUGCUUAGGGAGGGAGGAGGACGGAAAGAAAAUUUGGUCGUUUCCAAAUCAAGAGACAAACGGAUGGAUGUCGGAUAUUUAACCAACUUUUCACCAAAAAGGACACCAUGAUGGCUCCAGCUUGCGGUUGACUCUGAAGCAGUUCCGUAUUUUCUCGUCCCUUAGCACAAAACUAAUUUUGUUUGGUUUUUUUUUUGUUUGUUUUUUUUGUCCCCUCCCCCCCCCCCCAAUGUUUACACAACUCUCGCUUAGUUCAAUUAAGAGUUCAGUCGUAUCUUUCAUGGAAAACAUGUAUGAUAAAAAUAAAGAUCCACCGCAUCGUUUUAAAAACAAACAACAAACGAAAUGAAUCGUCUGUACUUCAUUUUGCACGUUGGCACUUCAGGUUUUACAUUUCUCCACAUAGGUAAAUGUAAUCCUGGGUUGUGUUUUGGCCCUGUGGCCCCUGUGUGUUCCUUUCUCUCUCCCCAAGCUCACCCUCUUGUGCUUCCUUUCUCUUUCUCUGGUUUUCCACCCUCUUUCUUUCUUUCCUCUGUCCAUUUUUGCCAUGGGCUGGGAGGUGGUGUUGCUCCACAUUCGUCCUUUUGCUUACAGGAGGCUGCAGACUUUCGCGAGACUGGUUCAGGAUGUAGAGAAACCAGCAUUUAAAACCAACCAUUGUUGUGUGGUUUUUUUUUUUUUCUUUCUCCCUUUUUUUUUUUUAAUUUUGUUCCUUUAACCCCACCCCACCCCCCCACUCGGCACAGGAGGAGGCAUGCUCCUGAGUGCGUAGUCUGCUUUGUAAAGACAAACAUUUAAAAUUGUAUAUUUAAAAAGAAUGGACAUGUAAAAUUAAAGACACACUUUUGUUGGGUACAGAUCGAUUCAGAUGUUCAUAUUCAUUGUGUGUAGUUUUAUUUUGGACAGUUUUAUUUUUCUUUUCCUCAACUACUUGCUACAGUUCGUUUUCAGUGCAGAUGCAGUUCACGUCUUUUUGAUUCCAGUUCCCACCCUCGGUCAAAUUCCUCCGUGUAGCAGCAGUGUACAACAACUAUUCCUGUAUAUUGCCUUUUUGCUGAAAAAUGUAUGUUGAAUAAAAUUUUCUAUAAAAGCUA